GGAAGAGACGGGGCCCGGUCCCACAAAACACGAUUGAACAAGGGCCCAAGUUUCUUGCAGUGGGUGUGGGCAACUGCUCCCCUCUCCCCCAUGUUGUAGCGAUUGCAAAGUAAUAAGGCAAACAAGGAGUGUGGCAUGGCAAUGGCUCCUCUCCCUUCAUUGGAAGCAGAUCAAUCCAGUCAUUUUGUGGAAAUACUCACCCAAGCGAUACUAAAAUGUUUUUAUUUGAUUUAUAACUCUUCCCCGCCUCCCUUCAAAGAAAAGUUAUGCACACCCUGAUUAGUAAUAUGUUACCAAUUUAAUAUGGGACCCCAGGCCUGUCCUUGAGCCCUGCCAGCAUUCACCUAGGUACUUUAACUUCAAGAACCUGAGCAAUCAGGUGGUGGCCCUUUCCAGUUGCUAACAUAAGAACAGCUGUACUGGGUCAGACCAAAGGUCCAUCUAGCCCAGUAGCUUGUCUGCUUCUAGUUAAGGCUGAUAUCUGAGAGUUGACUUUCAUGGUGUCCUAAAUGAACAUAUACACUGAUGAUGCAGACACCUGCCUCUAAUUCUGUACACCUGAAUGAAUGGCAGAAGAAUUACUUUGCUAUUACCUCUGACACCUGUACACCAGGACAGAAGGCAGAUGGAUAUCGUGCACAGAUUCUGUACAUUCAGUAUGCAUGGGCAAACUCUGAGAUCUCCCAGGUCUGUGCUACCAACCUGUUCAAAAAAUAUGCAGAGAAAUACUCAGCCAUUAUUGACUCUGACAACAUAGAGACUGGCUUGAAUAACUAUGCUGAAAAUAUUUUGACUUUGGCAAGAUGUCAGCAAAAUGACAGUGAUAAGUGGCAGUCCUCCUUGACAACAAGCAAUGUGUUUGAAUUAAAGAGUGUUCAAGAGUUGAUGCAAGCUGGCAAAAAGUUUCAAAGCUCUCUGAUGGCACCAGCAGAUGCCUUUGUGGUAGUUAAGGAGGUCAGUGCCUCUGUUACUCCAGGUCUGCCUAAACUCAAUGUGUGUGACAGUGCUGUAGAUACUGGCCUCUAUGAUAGCUCAUCAAAAUGUGUAAGUCAGGGGCCAGAUAUUCUUAAGAGUCUCUCAUCUUUGAAAUGUCUUCAAAGUAGUGUGCCUCCUGUGACCAGAACUACAGAUAUACUUCCAGGCUCCACUGCCUCUUUAAAUGAAUGGCCUAAUGCAGGUUUCUGUACAGGUCCAUUACCUGGUAAUAACAGAGCAGCAAGUAGCAGUUCUGUGAAACCCCCAAGUCAUUUUGAGAUUGGACAAAAUUUGUCUUUUUCUAAUCAGUCCGCUGUUCCAGCUGGAUCUGGAAAUCCAGGAAAAAGGAAAACAUUUUAUAGCUCCAUUGAUGAAAGCAGUAAUACAAUCUCCAGCCUUAAUUCUUACAAGCCCUUCAUUAGUACAGAAGCCAAGAACUUUUUUGGAAGUGGAAAUGGGAGUGAAGAGAGCAAUGUAACUGGUUUUAAAACCGCAAAAGAACAGCUAUGGGUAGACCAGCAAAAGAAAUAUCAGUGUCAGCCUCAACGCACACCAGUCUCAUCCUAUGGAAUUAAAAAAUCUUUGGGUGCUGGAAGGUCUCGGGGUCCAUUUGGAAAGUUUGUCCCUCCAGUGCCAAGACAAGAUGGAAAUGAAAAUGGAGGGCCACAGUAUAAACUUCAUGGUGCUGGACCAACCGAAUCUUCAUUUCCAGUGGAUGAACGUUUGAAGAACAUAGAACCAAAAAUGAUUGAACUCAUUAUGCACGAGAUCAUGGACCAUGGACCUCCAGUGAACUGGGAUGACAUUGCUGGAGUAGACUUUGCUAAAGCAACUAUAAAGGAAAUAGUAGUCUGGCCUAUGCUGAGACCAGAUAUCUUUACGGGAUUACGUGGUCCUCCCAAAGGAAUUCUUCUCUUUGGCCCUCCUGGGACAGGUAAAACUCUUAUAGGCAAAUGCAUUGCGUGUCAAUCAGGAGCUACUUUUUUUAGCAUCAGUGCUUCUUCUUUGACCUCUAAGUGGGUAGGCGAGGGGGAAAAGAUGGUCCGUGCGCUGUUUGCUGUGGCACGAUGUCAGCAGCCUGCUGUGAUUUUCAUUGAUGAAAUAGAUUCUCUCUUGUCUCAGCGUGGAGAUGGGGAACAUGAAUCUUCUAGAAGAAUAAAAACUGAAUUUUUAGUCCAGUUGGAUGGAGCAACAACCUCAUCUGAAGAUCGUAUUCUAGUGGUGGGAGCAACAAAUAGGCCACAAGAAAUUGAUGAGGCUGCCCGAAGAAGAUUGGUAAAAAGGCUGUACAUCCCUCUUCCUGAAGCUUCAGCUAGGAAGCAGAUUGUAACUCGUCUGAUGUCAAAUGAGCACUGUUGUCUAAGAGAAGAGGAAAUUGAUCUCAUAGUUAAAAAAUCUGAUGGAUUUUCUGGGGCAGACAUGACACAACUCUGUCGAGAAGCUUCUUUAGGUCCCAUCCGUAGCCUUCAGAACAUGGACAUUGCAACCAUCACACCUGAACAAGUUCGGCCUAUUUCUUUUCUUGACUUUGACAAUGCUUUCAAAACUGUACGACCCAGUGUGUCUUCAAAGGAUCUGGAACUGUAUGAACACUGGAACCAGACUUUUGGCUGUGGAAGAUAACUGCAUCUGAAUUGUGCAUAAGUUUCUCACUUUCUCUCACAAGAACACACAUUAAGCUCAAUGGUAACUUGCAAUGUUUCCGUUUAUUUUUCUUUAAUAAUUUUUUGUAAUAACGUUUAAUAAAUGUGGAGAAAUUAAUGAUUGGAUAAUAUGCUACUUCCUUCCUCCGAGUUCUUAGAAUAAAAUGCACUUCUGUGCAGAGCUCUCGCAGCAGGCUAUCAUAUCAUUUAACCUCCACAAUGGCUGGGAAGAACAGCUCAUCACUAACCAACCAGUAGAGAGCACCCACAAAACAAAAAGACCCAAUACUAUUUAUAUACAAUGCUAAUGAUUUCUUUAAUAAUUUUAUGCAGUUCAGUAUAUGAAUCUGAGUCAUUGAACUUGCAUGCUUUAACCAUAACAAACGGUAAUUUUAUUAUAUCUGUCACAUACAUUACCGUUUUCUCUGGUCCUCAGCUUAUAAACACUUCCCAUAGUUCAAACCCUUCACCCAUGCAGAAUGACUUUUAAGUGAGGACUCCACACAGGUAUAGGAUCCAUACUAGCUCACCAUUUGCAGGACUUUACUAUGCUGAAGAAUUCUGUCCAAUAAUAUACUUUGUGGUCAUUGAACACAAAGGUGUUAUUCUCAUGUUUGAGUGUGCUUAUCACACAUACGUGUUGUCUCCAAGCAAAAGGUAUCCAUUGGAAUUUAAAAAAAAUGCAGUGCUGGUAAAUGAUUUUUAAAAGGAGCAUUUCUCUUGCAUAAAGUUUACAGUAUCUGAUUUAGCUUCACUUGUUCUGGUAUGAAUGUAAAUUUAAGUUGCAAAUUGUUUUAACAAAGGAAUAAAAUGUAAAGCUCUUGAAACAGUGUUUCUUCAACAUCAAUAUGAUAGUAGAAAUUUUCUAAAUUUGAAUAAAUUAAUAUGCUUAGAUAUUUUUUUAAAGACCGCCUGGGAACUUAAUUAUGCAGAGGUACGAGAAUAUAGAAAACACUGAUAUCAGAACAAUUUGGAUUAUUAGAGCAUUUUAGAGUUUCUUCAGGCUUAUCUACUGUUAAAAUACUAUAGCAGCACAGCUGCACCAGUGUAGUACUUCAGUGCACUCAUUACUACAUCAACAAGGGGUAUUCUCUGGUAGGUGUAGCUUAUUCAGUUCCCUGAGGCCACGUCUUCACUACUGCUGUAAUAGAUCUUCCAGAGUUCUAUUUAGCGAGUCUAGUUGAGACUUACUAAAUCAAACUCAGAGGGCACCCUUGCUGCCAUCCAGUACUCCUGCUCUUGCCAGGAGCAAGGGCAGCCAACAGGAGUGUUUGCUCCCAUCAGCCUCCCACUGUAGGGAGGCUGCCAAACUCAGCUUAAGGCAAGCUGACUGUAGCUACAUAUGCUACGUAGCUGGAGUUGCGUACCUUAAGUUGAGCUGUUGGGUCUAGUGUAGGGAUGUGAGCGAUGAGUCGACUAUCCAAAUGCUUAUUGGAUAGUUAACAGGCUAAUCAACUACUAGUCGCUCCCCUGCCCCCUUAUUGCCUCUAUCAGAAAGAGGUAGCAAGUGGUAAGAAGAGAAAGGGGUACUUCAAAGUGGCAGCACUGUGUGAAGCCUGGGUCCAGACUCCGGGCUCCACACAGCGCUGCUGCUUUGAAAUGCUACAUGCUGCCUGGAGCCAGCUGGGGUGUUCCAAGACUGCAUGUAGCAUUUCAAAGCAGCAGCACCGCGUGGAGC